AUGGUCCACUGGGGAAUGACACCACCGCACCACCAUGCCGAUCUGCCCGGCGGGGAGAUGGGCAUGGGUGCAAUGGGCGGGAUGGGUAUGGGCUGCAUGGGCCAGAUGGGGACGGCCGGACAGGGGAUGGGUGGUAUGGGCGGCAUGGGCAUGUAUCCUCAGCCCAACCCUCAUGGUCGGAUUGAUCAUGGCGGUGUGGGCUUUGGGCUGGGUGGCGGUCAGCAGGGAAUGGGUCAGAUGGGGCAGAUGCCGCAGAUGAGCAUGAUGGGGAUGCCUAUGGGUACUCGGGCGGGUGGCAUGGGUCUGGGAGGUAUGGGAGGCAUAGGUCAGAUGGGUCAGAUGGGAGGAUAUGGCGGAAUGGGUAUGGGAGGAAUGGGAGGAAUGAGCAUGGGUGGUAUGCCUGGCAUGCAGGGCAUGGGUCAGAUGGGUAUGGGCGGAGGUAUGGGGGCAAUGCUAGGAAUGGGAAUGGGCGGGAUGGGCGCUCAGGGCAUGGGCAUGGGCAUGAAUCCUGGGAUGGGCGGUAUGAUGGGGUUGGUCUUGUCCUUCUUCUCCCUCUACUCUUUGCUUUUGUUCAUCUGCCACUUGGCCCCCUGUUUUCUGUCCUCACACAAGUCGUGGUUUCGCUGA